AUGUUAAGUAGAAGACUAUUCCAAACAAUAUUACGUUCAUCACGACCGAUUCGAUCACACUUGAUCGAUAGAUCAUUAACUAGUUCAAUUUGGGUUCCAUGUGUUAUAUCUACAUCAAGAUUUGUAACGUCUUAUCGUAAUCAAACAGAAAGUACCGAAGAUUUUGCUCGGAAGAAAUUAACAUCAGAUGGCAAUCGAAGGAAACUGAGCAACAAAGUGGCGACGAUACCAAAUGUAUUAUGUCUUUUCAGGAUUGGACUGACUCCUGUAAUAGGAUAUUUGGUUGUAACAGGAUCAAAUCUAACCUCACUAGCUGCGUUUGUUACUGCUGGAGUAACAGAUUGGUUGGAUGGCUAUAUCGCUCGAAAUUUUCCGGGCCAAAAGUCGCUUAUUGGCAGUAUAAUUGAUCCUUUGGCUGAUAAAUUACUUAUCACAACUUUGUUUAUUACUCUCACUUACGUUAAACUUCUACCAUUACCUCUCACGAUAUUGGUUAUAUUGCGCGACAUCGGUUUGAUUUUUGGAGCUGCCUUUAUCAGGUAUAAAAGUAUGCAAAGACCUGUGACGUUGCUUCGAUAUUUUAAUUUAUCUAUUUCUCCACUUCAAGUCAAACCGACAGUUGUAAGUAAGAUAAAUACGGCGCUUCAGAUGUGCACAGUUGCUAGUAGUUUGGCAGCUCCAGCCUUUAAUUUUAUUGGUCAUCCUUUUUUGAAUUAUAUAUGUCUGACUACUGCUGCAACAACGAUAUUUUCGGGAUUGCAGUAUGCAAGAUUGUCCAGAAUAAAACCAGUGGAUAAAAGUUGA